AUGGAGCAUGCAGACUCAGGACUCGACAUAGUGGCAAAUCCAGUAGAUUCGGGGGCCAGCCGUUCUCCCAUAUCGCAACUGGACCAAGAUGUCAUGUGGAGAAUUUUCUCGAUGAAUGCCAAUAUGAACAAUGACGACGAAUUUCGCAUCUACUCGAAUGACAAACUCAAGAACAAAAACAACAGGGCAUUAUACACUACCUGGCAUAGUUCACAAGUAUGCCGGUUCUGGCGUCGCCCUCUGUUGAAUGCACCAACAUUAUGGGCACAGCUCAUCGACCUAGAUGGCCUCUCAUCCGUGGACGAUUUAAUGAAGGAGGAGAUCGUUCGCAGAUCCGGGCUCUGCCCCCUCGCUAUUGCUGGCCACGUCUUCGCCAUAUUUCCAAAGGAAAAAGACUUCUUUAUUUCAAUAAUUCGUAAUAACUGGGCAAGAAUAAGGAGUCUCAAGGUUUCAAUCAGCCAAUCCAACAAAAUUCCAGGCGAUGUUUGGGACGUCCUAUCGGAGCCUGCCCAGACCCUUGAACAUUUCAGGAUUCGAGCAUCUAACGGUUUAAACCCUAGCAACAACAAUGGCAUAAUCAGCAACGUCUUCGCAAACUAUUCGCCAUUUCUCAAAUCCUUUAGAUCUUGGAAAAUCAACUUUAAUUUUGGCUCUGGAGAUGAUGAGGCCGAUGAACCACCAACGCAAUCAACAAUUAUUCUUGCUACAAAAGUUUUAUCGAGGUAUUCACAAAGCUUCUUUGAAAAUAAUCCGGUUACGACUUUCCAGUACGCCAUCACUCAUACAACAAUCACAAUAGCAGAAUAUCGAUCCAAAACUCCAAUGUAUCGCAUCUUUGUUGGCUGCGGUGACCCUGGCCAACUUCCUCUCUUAUUCACUCUCUUUGAGGCUUAUUCGUCUUGCGAUUUCUCCCAUGUAGAAACCUUGCUAUUUGACAUUGACAUUUUUCCAUCACAGACAAUAAAUGCGGAUGUUCUCAAGAUUCUGUUCAAGUUUAAUUCCGUCAAAUCCUUAUUGUUUUCAAAACCUGGCACCAUCCCCGCUCUAUACAGCCUGGUACGGGAAUACACGGAUACAACCAGGUCCAGUGAAGCCAUACAAUUCUCGCUAUUCCCUUCCCUUACCGCCAUCAAAGCAAUUGGAGCGUAUAAUUUUGUUAGUCAGACGAAGAAGGUUUCUCCAGCACUCUUGCUACUUCAAGAAACCCUUGCCAAAUUCGUGAUAUGGCGGAGAGAUUACGGCAUUGAAGUCCCUGUGGAGGUUAUUGACAUUUCUGACCUAGGGGAUGCAGCCAAAGUGGAAAUAUUCAAUAGUAUUUCGGGCAUAAAAGUCAUCUGUAAAGCGUCACCUGACGAAGCGGAAGGUGCUAAAAAUGAACUAUGA